AUCAUUUUAACACGGUCAAAAUUUCCCGUGACACCGGGAACCACGUAAUUGUUAACGUUAACAGAUCUAGAGUCACGUCAUUGGAAAAGAAACAACACACGUUUGACCCUCAAGUAAACAUCACAAAACCUACAAGCAUGGCCACGGAUAUUCCUAAGGUUGACGACUUGCUGAAAACAGCAUGUGCCGCUUUCGAGAAACGGUUUGGUUGUAAACCAGAGGUGGCAGGGUGCGCGCCGGGGAGGGUGAACUUGAUUGGGGAGCACACGGACUACAACGAAGGGUUCGUGUUCCCCAUGGCUCUGCCACAAGUCACCCUAGUUGUCGGUCGGAAAGUGGAUGGUGGAUUGUGUCGAGUCGUGACCUUAGCUGAUAUCAAGGAAAACAAGGAGGUGGAGUUCAAUGUUCCUACAGCAGCUGCCCCUUUACAACCAGGCUCUCCAAAAUGGGCCAACUAUGUUAAGGGGGUCGUGGCAAACUUCAAAGGAGACAAGGUUGGAUUCGAUGCUGUGAUCAUCACCUCGGUGCCCAUCGGGGGUGGGGUUUCAAGCUCUGCCUCUAUUGAAGUCGCCACCUACACAUUCCUGGAAGGUGUGACGGGGACUUUUGGGCAGGUUGACAAGAAGGAGAAAGCACUUGCAUGUCAGAAGGCGGAACACGAGUUCCCGGGCAUGCCUUGUGGUAUCAUGGACCAGUUUAUCUCUGUAAUGGGAGAGAAGGAUAACGCCCUCCUCAUUGACUGCAGAUCGGUAGAAAGUCGCCUUGUACCCAUGAAGGACCCUAGCGUGGCCAUCCUGGUGACCAAUUCCAAUGUGAAACACGAGUUGACAGGAACAGAGUACCCUACCAGGCGGCGCCAGUGUGAACUGACUGCUAAACUCCUCAACAAGAAAAGCCUGCGCGAGGCUACUGAGGAAGAUCUCAAGGAGCUCAAAGUUAAGGUUGACGAUGAACAUUUCCGAAGAGCGCGACAUGUUAUUGGGGAAAUCAAACGCACAGAAGAGGCUGCAACAGCUCUUGAGAGCGGAGAUUAUGACAAAUUUGGGAAACUCAUGGUAGAAAGUCACAAUGCUCUCCGAGACGACUAUGAAGUGUCUUGUCCCGAGCUUGACCAGCUUGUUAAGGCUGCAAUGGAGGUAAAAGGAGUGUAUGGGUCAAGGAUGACCGGUGGAGGAUUUGGAGGCUGUACAGUGACCUUGGUCAAGAAGGACGAGGUCGAUAAAGUCAUGGAACAUAUACAGGAAUGCUACAAGGGGACAGCUACCUUCUACGUGUGUGUCGCUGACAACGGAGCACGACUGAUCAAUUUAUGAUUACCAUAAUGUAUUAAUUAUAUGAUAUAGGCAAAUCGCAACAUAGUUUUCUACACGGAAAUCAAUCAGUCAGAAAGAGUGAUUUUCUAAUUGUUAUAUCAUGUAUACUGGGUAAUUUUAGGUUUAUUAUAUAUAUACUUGGUGGAUGUGUAUAACAUGAAGUAAGGGAAAUACAAAAUGUACCUAAACAAUAAUAAAUUUAUCUAUAACUAGAUUAAUGUUCUUUUGUAUGCCUUUGAUCAUUUUGAUCAUCAGCUAAUCAAUCAAAUGCAUAGCAUGUCAUGACAUACAAUAUACAGUGCAAAGAGAAUGCAGUAUACAAAGGCACAGAAGCAUAAUCAUUAGACCCUAUAGUAAUAAAGCCAUUGCAUAUAAUUAGUUAAAUAUGAUUUCCUGAUCUAAUAUUGUUUGCUUCAAGAAUAUACUAACCUAAAUUAUUCAAUUCCUUAUUUUCUUGGAAUGUAUUUUCUUGAUUGUAACCACCCUGAGAAAACGACUGCUGCUGCAAUUUCAUGUUAGGUUGAUAACCUGGAGAACUGGCAUGGUAGACUUGUUACUCUGUGUGGGUUUCUUCCUCUCGUUGCCACUAGAAGGCGUUUAUAACUUGGCAUGACAUACGACACCACUAUCUGCCUGUUCAUUUUAACAAGUACGCCCAUAAUAGGGCCAAAACUGCCAAGUUUUUACCGGAGCUCCCGAGAUGUGUCACUCUGCCCGACAUGACCACAUCAUAUUUGUGAUUGUUUUAAGUAUCAGUGAAGUCUAGGUGUGCCUUAAAUAUAACGCAUAAUCUUAUUAGUAUUGAUAUAAUUCCAUUGUGGACUGUGGAACCCUGCUAUUAUGGAGAAUUCUCUGUUUACAGUUACUCUAGAAUCUCUGAGUGUAACGAAUGUUUAGUAUUUAAGAGUAGAAGAAUCUCGCAAGUAUUAAUUUGGACAUUUUCCACUGCUUUAAGUGUUAACCCUCUAGUCCUGAGAUUUUCCUUUAUUUACAGUAUAACCUCACUAGUCUAGAAAUUUCCUCCUGUUUAUUCACCUGUUCACACUGGAACCUCUGUAGUCUGAACUUUUUCCUGUGUAUAUUGGAACCUCUCCACUCUGGACAUGCUCCCCUAUUUACAGUAGGACCUCCCCACUCUUUACAUGCUCCCCUGCUUAAAGUAGAAUCUCAAUGUUCGUGGGAAUAGAAAACAUAUUUUAAUGAUAAUGAAAUAACUAUGUUGCAGAACAAGAAAUUGAAAUGGCAGCUCACUCAUUCUGGUGUGGAUAGUACUUUUGCCCAUUACAGUCCUCAAACAUUUGAUGUUGGGUCACCCAUUCAUCACCUAAUUGUAUUUCCAGUUGUAAAGUGACAAUCUUAACAUGUUUAUAUGUGUAUGUAACAUUUUGGUCUAAGUUGUUAAACAUACAAACUUUUUAACAGUUGGACUUAUUUUUUAUAUAAUAAUUAUUUCCUUUAGCAUAAUGCCCCCUUCAAAUUAAAUUUGAGUUCAUGAUAUUUUCAUGAUUUUUCAAACUUAAAACAAAAUACAAUGUCCUUAAAUUUAAAUGAUCACCCUUAGAUAUCCUUCACAAAACUACCACUUUCAGAUAGUGCUCAGAAAGUUAUCACCAUUGGAUAAUAAAUACAAAAAUACUUGUAUUUCUGCAUAUAUUUAUAAAAACAAAAUUAAUUUGAAAAUUGACUUAAUUUAUCUCUAAGUAAAUGAAUUUUUGUUACAAUCAAGGCUAAUUUGCUUUAUCCAGUUUAACCGUUUCACUGGUUGGAACUGGGGAAUAAAAACAAUGGGCACAGAUCAGGAGUAAGGCUGACCCAGUAGCGGAUUUGACACACGUACAUCAAGGGGUCCAGUUGUGUCUGGCUAAAACUUUAUUUUUGAAGUAUGUUUAGGUAAGGUUAUACACAUACAUUUUAAUACGAGUUUAGGAGAAAAGCAUAUAAGAUUUCUGGUUUUAUUAUUAUUUAUUUGACAGAUGCCUAUUAGGUUGGCCCAAUUCUGCUCCAGGUGUGUUCAUUUAUCAUAGAAUAUUUGUGUUGUUUAUACCUUUUGAGCCGAAUACACGACAGUGGCCCUAGUUCAGAACUAAUAUAUUAAAUAAUUCACAGUCCAAAGUAUACAUGGUGCAAUAAUGAACAAAAUUCAAAGUAAUCUGUACAUUUUCUAUUUUCUGUGCCAUUUUUAUAUGAAAUAGUACCAACCAUUGUUAUGUUGAAUUUGUCUGGAUUGGACUUGUUAGAUCUAGAGCUGGUUUGGAAUUAUUAAAGAGAUGUUUGCUGUAAUGCUAGAUUAAUGAUUUCAUUGAAUUUGUCUUUAUUUAGACAAUUAGAUAUGUAGAGUGUUAUGUCUACACUUUCCUGUUAAAUUUUGUGAUUUCAUUGUACCCUGAAGAUAACUCUGCCACAGGAAUUACUCUGUAUCCCGUGUGUAGCUGAGACUUGAUUUUAGAAGUUUAGGAACAAAGCCAGACUAAAGGUUUGAUGGAGAGAUAUAACGGGAGGAGGUUAGCUUGUGCUCACAAACAAGUAGGGAAGGCUGUUCAUUGUACCAAUUACAGUUACAAGGGGCCUGUUCAUUAUGUGGAACAACCGGGUUUUUUCAGUUUUAAUAAGUAACAUUUUUGAGUAUAAAUCCUGGUGGGCCUGCAAAUGUUUAUGCAGGCCUUGCAAGGCUCAUCUGAAAGCAGCAUCAGUUUACUAGGUCCGACCUUAUUUCAUAAACAAACAACUCUGGUCCAACCGGUCGGAUCACGAUAAACAAGAGCAGCCUAGGAGUAAGCCUUGUUAUAGAUACAUACCAAAUGCUUAUUUUCCAUUUGUUUUAGAAGAUUUUUUUAUAGAUAGAUAUAUUUAUUUUCUCUCAUUACCAUUGGGUUUACUGGUAUGUAUUACAAUACUUGUUAAGAAUCUCUGCAAUCAGUGUACAUAAAAUAACAAAAAAUAUAUUUAAUAUUGUUGUUUAUGUGUUUUACACACAUACCCUGAACCAAAUUUACCUGGUUUAUUAUGUGAUAUACUUAAAUCAAUGCAGGUUGUUCGCCGCUGUUGUAUGUUGAUUUUAGUACGAUUGUAAUGAGAUUUGUAAGACACUAUAUCACAGGGGCUUGUCAAAUAAAAUUCAUAUCUUCUAAGGGGCUGAAAGUGCAUAACAAGCUCCUGUGCAUACAUGACCUUCUUAGAGAUGAAGAACACUUUUGAGGUUUAUCUAAUGGUGUAUAUGUAAUUUUGUUAAGUCAUUGCAGACUGAUAUAUAUCAAUUCCAGUACAAUGGUAACGAGAUUUGUAAGGCAACAUUACAGGGGCUUGUCAAAUAAUGUUCAUAUUUUCAAAGAGACAGGAAGUACAUAAGUAGCUUCUGUGCAUACAUUACCAGUAAGAGAAGAUAAAUAACAUUUUUGAUAUUACUUGUUUAGAGGAAUUGAAUAAAAAAUUUAACGCUCUUGUGUAAUGCAAAUGUACAUAACUAUGUGAACUUAUUACCGUAGAAGGUUCUGUUCAUGCGUUUUGUUGAUAAAUUCUUCAGAAUCUCACUACAAUUGCAUGUAAUAAAAUCCUAUUAUAGUUA